AUGGACGAUGGGGAGACCUUUGUCUGGAAAUUUGAUAAUUUUAUUGAUGCAGCCCUUGUGUCUGUUUUAGAGGUGAAAGCUGAAAACGCGGUGAACGCCAAUGGCAGCGAGUCGCAAGUCAUCGCCAACAUCGUCAAAGUCAGCGACUAUAAUCCGUCGGGCUAUCUCUUUUGGCUUCCGCGAGAUAAGCGCUUCGUUAAAAUCUCGUCACUGCGACAGAAAUGGAUAGUCAGGAGAGGCGUUUGCUCCAAACCAAACGAAAAACGACAGGGCUUUCGUGAAUUACGAGUCAAAACAACUACUUCAAAAGACAUUAGAUUCAUCUCCCUCGUGCUGGGCAUCUACAGAGAGAGUAUUUGA